AGGGGGAUGGUGUCUAGUGUUGUUGGUCAGUGUGUGUCUGUGAGCAGAGUGUCACCCAGGCAGUGUGAUGGUGGACAGACCGGACGACGACGACGUUAUCGUCCUGGCCAGCUUCAACAUCCACCGCAGCCAAGGUCGUCGGGCGCGCAGGAGGAACUUCAUCACCAUAUCAGAUGACUCUGACGAGGAGCCGGUUCCUCUGGACCCCAACAGUCCUGUCCUGGUUUCUGACAAACCUGACGAUGACGAUGAUGUCAGCAUACUAGAGCCCCUGAAUCCUGCCCGGCGACAUGUGAUUCGUCCAGCAGCACUGUGGGGUGUGGCCUCUGAAGGCGAUGGACCAAUCAUAGAGCUAAAAGAGGUUGACGGUCAUCGGACUGCACCCCUUCCAUCCACCUCACAGUCCAGAGACCGAGACGCCUCCGCCCCAUCCAGCUCACAGUCCAGAGACCGAGACGCCUCGGCCCCAUCCACCUCGCAGUCCAGAGACCGAGACGCCUCCGCCUCAUCCACUUCACAGUACAGAGACACUUCCGCCCCAUCCACCUCACAGUACAGAGACCGAGACGCCCCAUCCACCUCACAGUACAGAGACCGAGACGCCUCGGCCCCAUCCACCUCACAGUACAGAGACACCUCCGCCCCAUCCACCUCACAGUACAGAGACCGAGACGCCUCGGCCCCAUCCACCUCACAGUACAGAGACGCCUCGGCCCCAUCCACCUCACAGUACAGAGACGCCUCGGCCCCAUCCACCUCACAGUACAGAGACCGAGACGCCUCCGCCCCAUCCACCUCACAGUACAGAGACCGAGACGCCUCCGCCCCAUCCACCUCACAGUACAGAGACCGAGACGCCUCCGCCCCAUCCACCUCACAGUACAGAGACCGAGACGCCUCGGCCCCAUCCACCUCACAGUACAGAGACGCCUCGGCCCCAUCCACCUCACAGUACAGAGACACCUCCGCCCCAUCCACCUCACAGUACAGAGACACCUCCACCCCAUCCACCUCACAGUACAGAGACACCUCCGCCCCAUCCACCUCACAGUACAGAGACGGAGACGCCUCCGCCCCAUCCACCUCACAGUACAGAGACCGAGACGCCUCGGCCCCAUCCACCUCACAGUACAGAGACACCUCCGCCCCAUCCACCUCACAGUACAGAGACGGAGACGCCUCCGCCCCAUCCACCUCGCAGUACAGAGACCCCUCCGCCCCAUCCACCUCGCAGUACAGAGACACCUCCGCCCCAUCCACCUCACAGUACAAAGACACCUCCGCCCCAUCCACCUCACAGUACAGAGACCGAGACGCCUCCGCCCCAUCCACCUCACAGUACAGAGACCGAGACGCCUCGGCCCCAUCCACCUCACAGUACAGAGACACCUUCGCCCCAUCCACCUCACAGUACAGAGACCGAGACGCCUCGGCCCCAUCCACCUCACAGUACAGAGACACCUUCGCCCCAUCCACCUCACAGUACAGAGACCGAGACACCUCCGCCCCAUCCACCUCACAAUACAGAGACACCUCCGCCCCAUCCACCUCAACCCAGACCAGACAUCAACCCUUCACCAGGCCUGUCCUGCAGGAGGUCAAGUUAGUUUUGCUCCCUCAGGUUCAGCCCCCUGCACCUCCUCAGCCCCAUGCCCGGCCCCGAUCCCCCCAACAGCAGCUCCACCCUGGACCCCUCAACCAGCCUCCCCUUUCCCCCCAGGCUCUCCUCCUAACCCAAGCCUUCCAGAUCCAACAACCCAAAUCCCUUCAUCCCCAACCUGUUCCCCAGGUCGCUCCCCAGCCCGUGCCUGCUCCCCAGCGGUGUCCUGCGGGCCCCUGUGGCGUCCCUGCGCCCGCCGUGCUGAUAGCUGCUGCCCCCCAGCGGUGUCCUGCGGGCCCCUGUGGCGUCCCUGCCCCCGCCGUGCUGAUAGCUGCUGCCCCCGAGCGUCUGGGUCUCCCAGAGACCGGCCAUCGCAUCACCCUGGGCAGCCAGACUCUUGGGGGCCUUAACCCCCAGUCCGGAGGCCCGCUGCUGACACACGACCGCCCUCUGUCCCUGGAGCCACAGGUGGUAGUUGUGGUCAACCGGCCGGCCACUCAACCUCCCCUCCCCAUCCCGGCUCUCGCUGUUCCCCUGAACCCUAACCCCAUAGUCCCAGCCCCUGUCGUCCCCAGGACAGUCGAGGAUAGGGCAGGUCCCUCAGAAGACCAACAGGAAGUCCAGGGACCAGAGACACCUCAGCUGCAGCCCCACGUCAGAGCACUGGUCAGAGGAGUGGUGGAUCUGUUUCCUGAUGUCCAGGAGAACUAUGUAGCAGAACUGAUCCAGACCAAUGACCUGAAAGACCUCAAUGUUAUCUGUAACAUGUUGCUGGAGAACCCAGCCUUCCCUCAGAGAGAGAGUUCAGCCGCCGCGGCUCAGAGCAGCAUGCUACUGGAACCCUGCAACGACAACUCACAGUCUGUAGAGGACCUGUUUGACUACGGGUCGUUAGGUCAGGUGGGUUCUGAGGCGGCGAUGCAGGCAGCUGACCUCUUGAUGGGAGACUUCAGGAUGAUUUCCUGUCAGGACAUCAAAUGGAGCCUCAACGCCAUGAAGGGGCACUACGCAAUCACACGCAAGGCCUUAUGUGAAGCGGUGAAGCAGUUUCAAGACUCUGAGUCGUUAGAGAAGAGACGACCCAGGAGACAGACUGCAGAACGCUGCUAUAUAGACUUCAAGUAUCAGCAUGGUUCGGUGAAGUUGGAGAGGAGGAUGUACUUCCUGGAGAAGAACCGUCGCGGCUGCAGGACGUACGGAGCGGCUCUGGACCCCUCGCUACAGAGGGAGAUCACCUUCUAUCAGCAGAAAGCCAAGGAGCAUGCUGAGCAUGAAGACUUCCUGCUGGCUCUGCAGGUUAAUGAGGAGGAGUAUGAGAAGGACGGACAGCUGAUAGAGUGUGGGUGUUGCUGUGGGGACUUUGCCUUCGAGAAGAUGACCCAGUGUUCAGAUGGACAUCUCUUCUGUAAAGAAUGUCUGGUUAAAUAUGCCGAGGAGGCCGUGUUCGGGUCGGGACAGUCCUCUCUCAGCUGUAUGGAAGCAGGCUGUCCCUGUUCCUUCCCGGUGUGCGAGUUGGAAAAGGUUUUACCGGACACGGUGUUGUGUAAAUACUACGAGAGACAAGCUGAAGAGGCCGUGGCCGCCACCUGCGCCGACGAACUAGUACGUUGUCCGUCCUGUAACUUCCCAGCGUUGUUGGAUAAAGGAGUGUCGCUGUUCAGCUGUCCCAACCCUCGCUGUCGGAAGGAGAGCUGCAGGAAGUGCCGUGUCCAGUGGAAGGAGCAUGCUGGGAAGUCAUGUGACCAGGUCAUGGAACGAGAUGAGAUACGCAUGAGGGUGGCCUUUGAGGAGCGGAUGACAGCAGCUCUGGUCAGGAAGUGUGUGAAGUGUGGAACAGGUCUGGUGUUGGGCGCUUACUGGGGCCCUAACUAGGGCACUAACUAGGGUCCUAACUAGGGCACUAACUAGGGUCCUAACUAGGGCACUAACUAGGGCACUAACUAG